UGGGGAGGACAUUUGUCUCGGAGAGACCUGGGGGUCUUGCAUUAAACCAUACCAAAGGGGUACCAGAAAAAAGCCCUCCACUUAGGGCUAAAUGGGGAGACACUGAACACACUCACCACAGACUUCUGAGCUGCAACAAUCUCCACCUCAGUAUAAUGGACAAGCAGUAUGAGUCUGAGGUCAAGUUUAAAUUGGACAUGGGCACAGCCCAUCCUGAACCUGUAACAGUGCCAAGAGGCCAGUGGUCUAGUAAGUUGGAGUUUCUCCUGGCUGUUGCAGGACAAAUCAUUGGCCUGGGAAAUGUGUGGCGAUUCCCAUACCUGUGCUACAAAAAUGGAGGGGGGGUGUUCUUCAUCCCUUAUGUGCUCUUCCUCUUUACAUGUGGGAUCCCCUUAUUUCUCCUGGAGACCUCUCUGGGACAAUACACUACACAGGGAAGUAUCACCUGCUGGCAGAAAAUUUGCCCCUUGUUUGGAGGAAUGGGUUAUGGCAGUCAGGUGGUUGUUUUAUAUUCCAGCAUCUAUUACAUCAUCAUACUGGCCUGGGCAUUCUUCUACCUCUUCUCUUCAUUCAGCUCCGAACUCCCCUGGGAAAGCUGUCGAAACAGCUGGAACACAAAGACCUGUGUUGAGUUUGAUCGAAUGGUGGACAAUGUCAACUGGAGUACAGCAGAGAAUGCAACAUCACCAGUGAGGGAAUUCUGGGAGAGAAGAGUUCUGAAUCUGACAGGAAGUAUCCAUGAGUUGGGCAACAUACGAUGGGAACUGGCUCUGUGUCUUCUCUUGUCCUGGGUCAUUUGUUAUUUUUGCGUCUGGAAAGGCGUGAAGUCAACGGGAAAGGUGGUGUACUUCACUGCAACCUUUCCAUACGUGAUGCUGGUGGUGUUACUCGUCCGUGGCGUCACGUUGCCGGGGGCCAUACACGGAAUCAAGUUCUACCUUUACCCGGACCCUUCCCGUCUCACUGAUCCCCAGGUGUGGAUGGACGCUGGAACGCAAAUUUUCUAUUCCUACGCCAUUUGCAUCGGUUGUCUAACAGCGCUCGGUAGUUACAAUAAGUACAACAACAACUGUUACAGGGACUGUGUUUACCUAUGCCUGCUGAACAGUGGCACCAGUUUUGUAGCCGGCUUUGCCAUCUUCUCUGCACUCGGUUUCAUGGCCCAUGAGCAGGGCACGGAUGUAUCCAAAGUGGCUGAGUCAGGUCCUGGUUUGGCAUUCAUCGCCUACCCUCGGGCAGUAGCUAUGAUGCCAUUUCCUCAGCUCUGGGCUGUCUUCUUCUUCAUUAUGAUCAUCUUACUCGGGUUAGACAGUGAGUUUGUGGGUCUGGAAGCUGUUGCAACAGCGCUGUCCGAUAUGAAUCCUUCCUUCUUUCACACCGGCCAUCGACGCAAACUUCUUCUGCUUGGUAUCUGUGUUGGCAGCUUCUUCAUUGGUCUGGUGAUGGUGACAGAAGGCGGACUAUACAUCUUCCAGGUUUUUGAUUACUAUGCUUGCAGUGGUAUGACGCUUCUCCUCUUUGCUAUACUGCAGUCUGGGUGUAUUGGAUGGAUAUAUGGUGCAGACCGUUUUUAUGCUAAUAUUGAGGACAUGAUUGGAUAUCAACCUAUGCCCUUGAUAAAAUACUGUUUGAAAUACGUAACUCCAGUAAUCUGCAUGGGGACUUUUGUCUUCUCCCUGGUCAGAUAUACCCCCCUAAAGUUCAACAACAUCAUUGAAUAUCCAUGGUGGGGCUACGCCCUUGGCUGGUGGUUCACGCUCUCCUCCACACUAAUGGUUCCUCUAUGGAUGUUGUACGCCAUCGGCACUACUCCUGGCACACUGAUGCAGAGGAUCUCCAUCCUAUGCACUCCAGCCGAUGAUCUUCCUUUGACGAAAGCACAGAAGAAAAGUGGUCCACAGCCUGGAGUGAACAAAGCUUUUAACUAUGUGGCACACCAGCAGGAAAUGAUGGCCUGGAAAAGCCCGCGAGACACGGGACCUCUAUGAACAUUUGUUUGUGUACUCCAUGAGGGAUAUAAGGGGGCUUUUUUGAAAUUCACUAGAUCUUAGACUCUAUAUUUCUCUGCCAAGAAAGGCCUUAUAAACACACUUCAUAGUUGUAUGCAUCAAGGAGCUAAAAUGCAGAAUCCUGAGAAAUUCUAGAAAGAUUAUCUCAUAAUAACAUUGUUUUACUGCAUAUAAUUAGCAAAGAUAAGCAAAUGGUAACUGAAAUUACGGGCACAAGACAAACCCCUCCAGUUGUCUUUUAACCAGGAGCUCAAUCAUUGCAAAGGUGUCACAGAUGAACAGGUCAAAACGUCGAUAGGCAGGCAGCAGUGAUUUCACUCUUAUGUACUAAAAAAACACAAAUCUCGUAAAUUGUGACUUUAUUCCAGAUUCCCAAGGUAGAGAUUAACUUUUUGCUGAGGGGGAUUUUCAGGGCAAGCGUACUCUAAUGUUGAUAGGCCUACAUCAUUUUAACAACGGAUCAAAAUCCGGUUUCUUUCUCUCCCUCUGUUCUUGGCUAAUGAGAUGAAACCAAACCAUGAGCGCCUUCCUUCAUAUGAGACGGAGGGCCGCUGUAGGCCGUGGCUACUUUUGAACUCAGGAGCCUUUUGUAUCUCAAAAGUGCUGAAGAGCUUUUGUCCUCGGAGUCUCAAGCCGAGGGCGGUUUGAUUUAUCAAUUUUUUGAUCGAGUCAGGAACUGUCAACUAUGCUGCUAUUCUGCGUCCCAUUCGGAAAUGAGCAUUAUCGAGUCGCUAAACUAAAAAUCAGAAUGGGUAUUUACAUUUGGUACCCUGAGGAUAACUGGGUGGAUGGAGGGUGGGUUUUGGGCACGGUAUUGAUCAUCUAUACAGGAAGGGUGUCGGGAUGUAGAUACACAGCUGUGUCUGUGAGGGGAACUAUUUUAACAACUAUUUGAUAACGAAAUUAAUGUUUUCAUUGAGAAAAGCGGCGUCUUCCAUCAAAGCUGUAUUUUUGACAAUCUCUUGAAACGAGAACAAGUCAGAGUUGUACACUUGCAAUGGACUUUUUUGGUAAUCUGUGGUGUCUAGGUAAUUCAUGACAAAUUGUUUGCAUGAUUUUUUUUAAUCGAUCAUUAAAGCGGGCCUUGUCUCUCAUUCAUUGCCAUCAGAAUUCGGUUUACUCUGUACUUAAGUGAAAAAAAACAACUGUUCAGACAUGAGGUGAUGGCAAAUUGAUGUUGUCUUUCAUGCUGGAAUGGUUUUACUGUACUACUGUUACGUCAACUCCAGUUCAAUAGGAAACUCCAUGUCUGCUUAAGGCAUCCUUGCCUUGUGACUUAAUGUAAAAAGUUCAACGUGAAUGUCUUCAGUGUCCAAUAAGAAUAUUUUAGAAUCCAAUUGAAAAUUGGGUAACACGUUAUAUGAGGCUUGCAUCUAUAACAUCCUAUAAGCAUCUAUAACGCCCUAUAAGCAUCUAUUGCAUUUAUAAUGCCCAUACUUUCCUAUAAUGUGUAUUACAAUGACUAACGGCUACGGCUGAAGACUGAAAUAGCACUGAAGUCUCAUUAUGCAUCUCUACAAAACUUCAGCAAAACAAAUUGGCUAUGACGCAUUACGACAUUUGGCAGAUAAACAAGCUAAUGAUGACAUUUAUAAUGCAUAAAUCCGUUUUAAAUUGACAAUGUAUCCUAAAGGUGGUUAUGAGGUGUUGUGACGGCAUAUAGAUGGUUAUAAUGAAUCUUACAGUGACUUAUAGCUACACUUAUAGGGCGUUAUAGAUGCUUAUAUGGCGUUAUAGAUGCUUAUAAGGUGUUUAUAGCUGCAAGCGUCAUAGAAAGUGUUACCGAAAACUGUUAUAAAUUUUCAACCAAUCGUUUUUUCUGCUAAAUGGGUCACUUUUUCUAUUGAGCGCUAUGGCGUGGUUGUUUGCCGUGUUGCACGGUCCAGUAAGAUUUGUUUAUAGUGUUACAAUUGUGUUAAACUGUUUCAGAUUGCCUCAUGAGAAGUGAGGGCAUUAAAUAUUCCUCUUGAAGUUUAAAAUCGGGGUCAGAAUGAAGUACACGUAUAUCUACAAUCACUGUCAAAGAGUUUUGAUACGCCAGUAUAAAACAGACCAAAGAAAUGUGGUCCCGAAACCUCACGUUUGGUAUAAUUGGGCCAAUUAAAAUUAAGACUUGGCAAACCGCAUUCUGAAAGAAGUUG